UAUCUAAAAUCACGUCUGUUGCUUUAUAGUAAAAAAAAAACUUUUAAAUAAUAUAGGACAGCGUCGCGAAAAGUUCUGCGGCAACUGCGAAUCGUCGGUCACCGUGGACUAUCCUUGAGGAGUACGCAAAGCGGUGCAAAGUGUCAAUCAAAUACGAGUACAAACUGAAACCGAAUCUGUGCGUAAUAAACGGUGACCUGUGUGGAUUUAGCGGUAAAUACUUCGUACAAACAGAUUACAUAGAACAUUAUCACCCACAUCAUGCGCGCAUUUGAGCAUUAUUUUCUUAUCCAGUAACAGUGCAGAUUAUUCACUGCAGUUAUUCCUUAACAAUCGUUUUUCAAUAACUUUUAAUUGUCGUUUAUAAAUUCGACAUAUAAAAUGUUGCAAGUGCUUCUUUACACGUUGUUAAACAUAGUUUGGAUAAUGUGCCAGCAAUGUCGUGUGCCGCGACCGAAGAUCUGGCAAAAAACAAAUUGGCAGCGAAAAUAUUGUGGAUGAUAGCCGAGUGUCAGAUGGAUGGCUCGAAACUUUCGCGCGAAUUACUAGACUUCUCGAGGGCGGAGAUGUUAGAUAUAACAGCGUUUAAUAAAGACGAGUUGAAGAACGCGUUGCAAAAACUCUACAAGUCUUGUCUCGAGAAAGGGGAAUCCAUUCCGAAGUAUACUAUUCGCAAGGCGAAAACAAAUCAAGGGUUUAUGUACACAGCUCAAUGCGUAGCUUUAGGGCGUGUUGGAAUUGGACAAGGAGUGAGAGGCGAUAGCGCUAAGAUUGCUGCUGCUGAAAAUUUGUAUCAGAAAUAUAUUUGUGAGGCUGCAGAACAGCAAUCAGUAUAAACUCACAAAUUUGCG